AGGAGAAUAGAGACACAGCAGGACCAAAGUCCCAGUUUUCUCUCCUUUCUUUCUCUCAUUGACUCCAGGGUGAGAGCAACAGAAAGGAUGCUGCCUCUCAGUUCCUUGUCCACGCUCCUUGUCCUGCUUCUCCUCUGCCCCCCUCAGCUGUCGGCACAGAGCGUACAGAUACGUCUGGCGGGGCAAAAUCGGCGAAAUGCGAACGAGGGUCGAGUGGAGAUCUUCUACGAUGGAUCGUGGGGCACAGUGUGCGACGAUGAUGUGAAUAUUAACCUGGCCAAUGUUCUGUGCAGGCAACUCGGCUUUCAGCGUGGCCUUACCUGGGCCCACAGUGCCAAGUUUGGUCAGGGUCAAGGUCUAAUCUGGUUGGACAAUGUGCGCUGCCAAGGCUCUGAGCUCUCUAUUACAGAAUGUCAUUUCAAUGGUUGGGGAGUCAAUGACUGCACCCAUGCUGAGGAUCUAGGGGUCAUCUGUAGCCCAGAAAGGAGAUCUGGUUUCCCUGCUGUCACUCUAGAAGAAGCACCUUUAUCCCCCAGGACGCAGCCGAGCCAACAAAGAAGCCCACCAUCACAGUCUCAGUCCCCUGCAGCUCCACCUGCACCCCCCGCAAACAUUCCCAUUAACCCYGCAAGAGGCCACGAGAUCGCCCUCCACCGCAACCCAUCCACCGCUCAUCGCAGCAACAUCUCCCCGCGAGAAAACGGCCACGAGAUCCAGCUCCUGAGGCGAAAUCGAGGAGGUUCGAGGACAAACCAACAGAACAGGCCGGCUUUGCCCCAAGGACACCAGCUGCCCUCACGUCUGAUAAACAUCGAGGCCUACAGGCAGAGACAGGAGACAGCAAGGACCAGUCCACAGGCUGUGACACGGGAGGCAGAAGAGCAGGUGGACGGGCAGCCGCAACCCCAGCCUCACUCACAGCUCCAGUCUGAGAGAACCAGUGACAGGCAGCAGCAGUUCAGUGGGAACCACGUUGAACCAGAUCCAGUUUAUCCAGACUUGGAGCAGGAGACUGAUGCACAUUAYACACAGGGAUCUGAGAGGGUCYACUUAGAGGAGGCUCGUCUACGUCCCGUCCUGUCUACCAACCAAGGUGGCCUGGUGACAGAGGGAGUGCUGGAAGUGAAGCAUGCUGGGAAAUGGCGUCAUGUGUGCAACCAGGGCUGGGACUUGAGCAGCAGCAGAGUCGUAUGUGGCAUUUUGGGAUUUCCUGCAGCUGAACCAAUUGAUCAAACCGCCUACAGGAAACUUUGGGACUCCAAGUUAGCCGACCCUUCAUCAAGACUGAGGACGCAGAUCAGUAAGAAGGCUUACUGGGUGGAGAAGGUGCAGUGCCAGGGUCAGGAGGUGUCCUUAGCACAGUGCGUAGCCCACCUCCCCAGGAGUGAUGYUCCAUGCAGGGGGGGCAUGCACGCUGUGGUCCGCUGCACCCCUGGCUUCCAGCUGCCACAACACGGCAGAGCUCCAGCUCCUCCAGCUGUAACGCCUGUAGUUCGUCUGAAGGCCGGGCCUCGUCUUGGAGAGGGUCGAGUCGAAGUGCUGAAGGAGGGCAAGUGGGGCACAGUGUGUGACCACCUGUGGGACUUGGCUGCAGCGAGCGUGGUCUGCAGAGAACUGGGCUUUGGGACGGCUAAAGAGGCUCUGACCAGGGCUCAACUUGGGCAGGGUACCGGUCCCAUCCACAUGAACAGCGUUCAGUGCACUGGCAGGGAGAGGUCAAUCACAGAUUGUCGCUACAGCCCCGUGCCUCUGUACACCUGCAAACACAAUCAAGACGUAGCCGUGCGCUGCAACGUCCCCAACACUGGCGUUCAGGCCACUGUGCGUCUGGCAGGGGGCAGAGAUCCUGGGGAGGGCCGUGUAGAGGUGCUGAUGGAGGUUGGAGGAGUGAAGCGUUGGGGUUCGGUCUGCAGCGAGAACUUUGGUCUCAACGAAGCCAUGGUGGUCUGCCGACAACUGGGUUUGGGAUUUGCCUCCAGAGCUCAUCAGGAGACCUGGUACUGGCCGGGGUCUUCAGAUGCCAGUGAGGUGCUACUWAGUGGGACUCACUGCAUCGGCACCGAGAUGUCUGUCCAGCAGUGUCGCAGAAAUACCCAUGUCUACUGUCCCCGAGGAGGAAAUGGCAGAGCUGCAGGAGUCACGUGUGUUGAGACUGCUCCUGACCUGGUGGUGGAUGCUCAGCUUGUCCAGGAGACGGCCUACUUGGAGGACCGACCGCUCCACCUGUUGACCUGCGCUAACGAGGAGAACUGCCUGUCGUCCUCUGCUGCCAGGAUGAACUGGCCCUACGGCUACCGGCGCCUACUGCGCUUCUCCUCCCGCAUUAUGAACAUGGGCCUCGCUGACUUCAGGCCACGAGCCACCAGAGACAGCUGGACAUGGCAUCAGUGCCACAGGCACUACCACAGUAUUGAGGUGUUCACCCACUAYGACCUCCUCACUCUCAAUGGGACAAAAGUAGCCGAAGGUCACAAAGCCAGUUUUUGUUUGGAGGAUACCUACUGUCCUGAGGGCCUCCAUAAGCGAUUUGCCUGCUACAACAUGGGAGAUCAGGGGAUCUCUGUGGGCUGCUGGGACACGUACCGYCAUGACAUCGACUGUCAGUGGGUUGACAUCACAGACGUGCGACCUGGUGAAUACAUAUUUCAGGUGGAGGUGAACCCUUCCUUAGACAUGGCKGAGUCCGACUUCCAGAACAAUGUGAUGCGCUGUCGGUGCAAAUACGACGGAGCGCGAGUUUUCCUCUUCGGCUGCCACGCAGGCGACGGUUACAGUGCUGAAGUAGAGGACUUGUUCGACCAUCAACGUCAGAUUUCCAACAACUUCCUGUGAAACAGUGAGCACCCCAACUGAGGAACUGUACAAGUCUUCACCCCGCCUGAGAAGUCAGGGGAAGGAGGGUGAAACAUGACAUGCUAACAAUAAAGAGAGAGAUGAUAGUGAGAGGGGGGCAGGAGGGG